AUUUUCCAUCUAACGGGAUUUCCCCGGGCGAACUCGGUUCCAAAGCAGGCAAACGAUACCCGAGGGAAAGGAAAGCCCCAAACGGCAGGGAUAGUGGCGGGGUAGGGGAUUAACCAGGAAACGGUAGCAGCAUUUUCCUCCCCGCGCCCAAGAAGUAGUGUGGUAGCGCCUCUCUCCCUCCCUCUCUCUUCCUGUUGUCUUCACUUUCACGUCUUCUACUCCCUUAAGGUGGUUAACUUUCGAUUUUGGUUUGGGUAUGUUGGAGACCGUCGGAACCCUAGCAUACUGAGUUGGGAUUUUUAAAAUCGUUCAAUUUGGAGGGUGGUUGGAAAGUAUCAUUUGUUUUCUGAAAGGGCCAAAUCAAGUAAGCCAGAAAAUCGAUGGAGCGACCAUCUUCUGAUUCUUUCAGUCUUGUACCAUCAAUCAGUACAGGGGUUUAAGCUUGAAAUGUGGUUAUAUUUCUUUGGGACGUCUCAUUAACUACAAACUGAAGCUUGAAACGAGAUGGCUACAAAGGUCGAACAACCUUCAGGGUCAACUUCUGCAACUUCUUCUGUAGCAGCAAGCAGUCCGAAAAUAUCUAUGUUUGGUAAAAAAACAGGGUUUGUUAUACCAAAGAACAAACUCUCUGGUUCUCUUGUUCCUAUAGUUAGAGGUGGCAGUAAGUCGGAAAUAGCUGAUGCGCCCAAGGAGGAAAGUAGUAAGCAGACGAGGAAAACAAAAUGGGGAAUUGAUCUGACACAAGAUAAUGCUGUUAGAAGAGGCAGAGCCUUGGCUUAUCAGACUCGGGCUGAGCAAAUUACGAAUCAACUGGAGUCAAGGACCCUGGACUUUGAAGAUGAUCAUGGCUCAGAACCACCAUCACAAACCCCAAAACAUAGUUCUUCUGAUCGUGGAGUUGAUAAAGAGUUAGAAGAGCUCUUGCAAUUGGAAAGGCGAGAAGCAAUAGGUGAAUGCAUAAAGUUGAAUCCUAGUUACAAGGCCCCACCUGGAUACAAGCCAGUGCUGCGAGAGGCUAAAGUUCCGGUCCCUCUGAAAGCAUAUCCAAAUAUCAACUUCAUUGGCCUCAUAUUGGGCCCUGACAACAGUACAAAAAAGCGGCUUGAAGAGGAAACAGGAGCUAAGAUUCAAACACGUGGUACCAAAGCUGGAUCAGGAGAGAAGGUGGAAGUCAAUCUGUCGGAUGAUGUUGGAGCUCAUGGUGUUUAUGAAGAAUUGUAUGUGCACGUAUCUGCAGAGACAUAUGAGAAAGUUGACUCGGCUGUUGCUUUAGUUGAAUUACUAGUCACCCCCGUAUCUGGAAAACCUGCCGCUUCAACAGAUUCAUCUUCAGUUUCUACUGAUGUUACUGCACGGAAUCAAAAUCAAGUCGAAGUGGCUCCUGCUGGAUAUAUGAUGCCGAUGGCUGCUGGUAACUUGGGGAUACAGACUGGUCCUCCUCCACAGGGUCUAUAUCUGCCGUAUAGUGGACCUUGGCAGCCUCCGAACCUCUACAUGCGGCCAGCUCCUUCCUUUGCCUUUAUGCCAAACGCGAUACCCAUGGCCAAUGCCCCUCAAAGAUUUCCUCCAUCCAACGUUACUACCUUCAAUGCUCCUCCAGUAUCGGGAGCUGGUCCAACUGCUUCGCCGAUGCUCAAUGCUGACGUGAUUCCCAUCAGAUCACAGCCCCCAGUCUCGGUUAUGCAGCAGCCUUAUACACAUGAAGUCAGACCACAAAAUCCAGUAGGACUUUCUAGUCGUCCUUUCCCUGUUCAGCAACCACAACCAUUUGCUAAUGCAAUACCUCGACCCAACACCCUUCCUCCACCAGCUUUUGCAUCUGGGCCAUCGCUACCAGCUGCAUCCUCAGGGAUGUCCGGGACAAGCGUGCAGGCACUUCCGCAACCAGCUGUGAUGCCACAAACGGGGGCUGUGACCGGUGGUCUGCUACCUAACAUGCCUCCUCCUGGAAACCCUUAUGGAUGGUCUGGUGCGUCAAGCGUGCUGCCAGCAAGAAUGACUAAUAUGACCCCUAUGCCUCCGCGCAUGAUGCCAGACUCGUCAAGGCCUGUUUCUUCAGUUACUUUACCUCCAACAGCAAACGGUAUGGCUGCAGCACCAGUCCAACGUCCAGCCGAAACGCGGACAUUCUCUUCACCCGCUCCCGGAAAUCCUGCUCUUCAGUCGCACAUGCAAAUGGCUGUUCAACCGACAGUAUCACAGCUAACCCCUGGUUCUACACUGUCACAGCCUUCGGCUCCUCUGGGGCCAAGGCCAAUACAAUCACCUUUACCUGGACGUCCACCUGUACCUCCCGCACUUCAAACACCAUCAAAUGCAAUGCCUGGUCCAUUGCCGGCACAAGCAUCAGGACUUGCCCCACCAGCACCUGUAGCGUCUCAACCGCUACCAUCAACCUCUCUGUCUCAAGUAUCUUCUCUGGCACGUCCCACGGUGCUGUCAAUUCAAUCAUCACCAGCUGCAUCGCCGAUACGACCUGGAGCGGCACGAGUAUCAGCACUUACACCAGGAUCCAUAACACCAGUUGCAACAGGACAAGGGUUACCACAGAUGCGGAUAGCGUCUCCACAACCAGCUGCUGCACCACUUGCUUCUGUUUCUGGAAGCCUGCCAAACUUGCCUUCCACGAACAUCUUUAGGCCUCAACGUCCAAGCUCCAGUGACUUUACAUUUCAGCCUCAGAAACCCCAAGCCUCUACCUCACAAGGUGAAACAAGACCUAGCAUGCAGCUAGCUUCUCAGAACCCUUUGUCCAGGCCACAAGUGCCACCUAUCCAAUCCCCACCUGUUCCGCACCCGCCAUCGUUCCGAGCCGUAGUGCACAAUCUUCAGCCACAACCAGGGAUACAUGGUUUUGCAAGGCCAAACGCCCCAAUAUCUAACCAAACAGUUAUUCAGAGACCUUCACAACCUGCUGGCUUUCGAGGCAAUCCAAACAUUGCCUCACCACCGCCGUUUGUCAACCCCAUGGGACCACCUGGUCCUAGACUGCUGAAUCAAGCUCUGCAGAGGGCACCACCAGGCAUCGGAGGAUCUCAGUCGCUGAAUAUGCCACCGCCACUGCCACUGCAUGGCUCUUUGCCUGUUCGUCCAGGUAACUUGCAGCAAAUACGUAACACGCCGGUGCCCAUGAACCAGCCGGCUGGCUUCGCCGUUAUGAGCCGGCCAACAAGCGGGAACCACGGGUACACUUCAAAUGUUAACCAGAUAUAUGAUCCGUUCUCUCCCACGUCUAUUCCGUCACAGCAGGGAGGCAAUGCAGCUAAGUCAGGAGUGGAAAGCCGGCAGCAGGACACUGAUGCCGAGUACGAAGAUUUGAUGGCUUCAGUUGGUGUUAAAUGAUUUUUCCAUUUCCAACUCGAUAAGCAACAUGAAUACUGGAAGAGCCCGAGUGGUUUAACCAGUAAUGAUGUGAAUAGUUGACAGGCAUGUCGAGGGGGAGAAAACGUUUUCUUUCUUAAAUACUUCAUACAUAUUCUGCAGAAGAAAUACCUUGCUCUUAGUUUUGUAAGUUAGCCAAAGCCCUGCCACAUAGGGUUCUCAAAUGUCCGAUUUCCGUUGAUUUAACUAUGAACUAGCGGCAAAAUCUUGAAGAUAAAGAAAAGCAUAUCUACGUCUGCA